AAAUCAACUUUACUUUUCUUUCGUGAUGAAUGAAUCUGGGUGGCUUUGAUAACAACAUUUUAUUUUUUAAGUGAUUUUGGAUUUUAUAUGUAAGUAGGCUACCAAAUGUGUCUUCUAAACGCAUAUUUCUACAAACUAGUCAUUUUAGAAAACACUAUAAGCUAAUAAAAAGUUAUAACAUAUACGGAAAGAGUUACAUAAUGUGAUCUUAGAUGACGUUUGUUCACUACACUUCUUCAUGCAAUCAAAGCUAUGAUCAAUGGAGUUCUGAAAUAAGUGUUUAUUUUGUUUAAAUGUACGUUUCUUCAAUGAGAAGACCUGGAACCAAGUUAGAAAAAUCUUAAUAGAAUUAUCAAGUGAAUGUCAUGGGUUGCAUCAAAUUAUCUUCAAUAUGUACCAAUAAUUUACUUUGUUCUGCAUGUUAAGUAUAAACGUAAUUCGCUUCAUCAGAAAAGUUCACAUCCGUUCAUGCACUUAAUGACUUACUUACUUACGCCGCUGUGGUGUUUGAAUGGACUAAUGAUACCUUUGUACUGGUUGAAUGUUUGAUUUCGAAUUCUAAAUACAAUACAUUCGUUAGUGCCUGUGUCUUCUUAAUUCAAUUGCGUUAAUCCUGGAAUUCCUAAUUCAUACUAUAAUUAGAAUACUAUAUUGGCGUCGUGAUGGAACCUGCAAUGGAAAAGUUGGAUAUUCAUUCAACUUCGGAAGCAUUUGAGGAUUAUUUGGGAAGGUUUGAAAUCUGGAGCAUGACUAAGAAAGAUGUCAAAGGUGAUAAAAUUGUGGCACAUUUUCUGACAUUCAUUGGGCGAGAAGCGUACAGCUUAUUAAAAACUUUGGCAUAUCCAGAAAAACCUAUCUCACUCCCUUAUACAACUCUUAAAGAGCUAUUGUUAAGUCAUGUAAAAUGCACCAGUUUUGAAUGCCGUGAAAGGGCGAAGUUUCAUAAGAUGGUUCGUCAAAAUGACCAAAAGGCUCGGGAAUUCAUCCUUGAAUUACAGAAACAAGCUGCCAAGUGUAAUUUCGGUGAUCAACUUCAUGUGCAACUGAGAAAUCGAUUAAUUGCAGGAAUUAACAUACCGAGUUUGGAAAGAGAGCUGUUAAGAAUGCCAAACUGUUCCUUUCAAGAUGCUAGAACCGCAUGUAUUAACUACGAAGCAGUCAAUGAACUUGAUAUCCAGUCGAUGAAGAUUUCUAAUACUUUGCUUAGUCGUCGUGAUGAACUACAAUCUCAGGGUCAAUCAAACUUGCGUUCAUUUAACAGUGAUUCCUAUUCUCGUGUAAAUAUGAAAGGUGUUUCAACGAGGAAUUACAAAGCAAAUCACAAAGGUGAGAUGAAGUUUGGUAAAUGUUUAUCAUGUGAAAAGUUUCAUGCUCGCAAUUCAUGUGUAUUUCGUAAUGCUAAAUGUUUUAAAUGUGGUAAGGUAGGACACAUUCAGUCAGUAUGCAUUGCUACUGUCCAUUUUGCUUCAAGCUGUACUAAAUCUUGUAAUUUAAAUUUAAAUAAUUCGGAUGUUUCUAAUGAUCAUUUAUCUUUAUCAACGAUUUCAAAAGACAGUGCAGAGUCAUAUGACAGUUCAGAGUUAGAUGAAAUCCAGAAUUCUUGUGAGACAACAGUUCCUAAUCAACCGACUUAUCAGAAUUCUCAUGCUAUUGUACCAGGUAUGACUUUUCCUAAUGAUUCACAUAUUUCUAAUGAAAUUACUUGCAAUAUUGAGGAAAAUAUGUUAAAUGAACCUAAUCAUGAUCGGAAACCUGGUGUGGUUUGGAUAGAUGCUGGUUUUUCUAACGAUCCUACGCUCUGCAAUGACAGUCCUAAUGAAUUUCAUGAGAAUAUUUCAGAAGAAUCAAAUCCUGAUGUCAUAUCAUAUAUUACCUGUCCUCAUAAUGCAUUUGAUCCUUGUGAAAAACCUGCUCAAUGCGAAGCACGAGUACUAAGUGACCUCGAGUUUGAUUACAUAUCGGAUGAUUUCAUAUCAACUGCUGUUUACCCUUAUCACAAAAACAGUUCUAAUGUUUACUCUAAACAAUGUGAGAAAUAUGUUUUAAAUGAAGCCACAUUAUUCAUAACUUGGGGAUAUAAAGAUCCAACAUUAUUUCGUGGGGGAGGAUAGGAUUGAAAAAUCUAUGGUUCAAAUUCUAGAUAUUAAUGAUUUCAGUACAAAACCGAUAUGCUAAUUGUAUACAAUUCCAUGUGAGUCUGUUCCGAUUUCGUUUGUUAAUUCCAAUACUAAUGAGCACUUUCUAGAUACUACAAAGUUUUUAUCUUAUACAAUGUCGGACAGACUCAGGAUGAACUUAACAAGAAGACGUACAACCGAUUACAAACACUUAUACUUCUAUUUAAGCUGUGGCGGAUGUGGUGUUUGAAAGGACUAAUGAUACCUUUGUACUGGUUGAAUGUUUGAUUUCGAAUUCUAAAUACAAUACAUUCGUUGGUG